CUGUAAAACUAUGGGUCAGACUGGAUUCAGGUCGGUUAAUUCAGAGCUGCACUAUUCCAAGUAGAAAGUGAUAGUGGUUGGGUUAGCAUGCUGGUAGUUGAGAUGGGUUAAAGAUUGAAGAGAUACAGUUGAGCAGCAGAAAUAGCAGAAUUUGGGGUAAACUGUCUGGGAUGGGGAGGAGCAGUGGCUCUCAAUCAUAAGCAUCCUCCUUCCUGCCCACUCUAGACCAUGUGAUCCAGAGGCCAUACCCUUUUGCUCUCCUGCUGCCCAGCACAUUACUUUGGGUUCCAGUUUGAUAAGGAAAGACUUCCUGUGGUGAAAACUGAAGGGAAGAGGAGACAGCUGGCCCAUUCUUGCUUAGGAGGUUGUUGGUGAAGGAAGAUGGCCAGAACUUUGUGUACACUGCAUGCCCUCUGGCUUCUGGAAUGGGCACUGCUGCUCUUGGGACCUACUGCUACCCCUCCAGCCUGGGCCUUGAACCUCGACCCAGUUCGAGUCACCUUCUAUACAGGCCCCAAUGGCAGCCACUUUGGAUUUUCAGUGGAUUUUCACAAGGACAACCAUGGGAGAGUGGCCAUCGUGGUUGGCGCCCCGCGGAACCUGGGCCCAACCCAGGAGGAGACUGGCGGCGUGUUCCUGUGCCCCUGGAAGGCCGAGGGCGGCCAGUGCAAUUCGCUGCUCUUCGACCUCAGAAACGAGACCAGAAACACAGGCUCCCAAACUUUCCAGACCUUCAAGACCCGGCAAGGAUUGGGAGCAUCGGUUGUCAGCUGGAACGACGUCAUUGUGGCCUGCGCCCCCUGGCAGCACUGGAACGCCCUAGAAAGGACCGAGGAAGCUGAAAAGGCGCCCGUGGGGGGCUGCUUCGUGGCUCACCUCCAAAGCGGCCGCAGAGCGGAAUACUCACCUUGUCGGGCUAACCUCAUGAGCUCGUUUUACAAAAAAAAUUAUUUUAGCGGAGACAAGCGGUACUGUGAAGCGGGCUUCAGCUCUGUGGUCACCCAGGCUGGGGAGCUGGUGCUUGGGGCCCCUGGCGGCUAUUUUUUCUUAGGUCUCCUGGUCCGGGCUCCAAUUGCUAAUAUCAUCUCCAGUUACCGGCCCGGCACCCUUUUGUGGCACGUUCCCAACCAGCGCUUCACCCAUGACUCCAGCAGCAUAGAGAACUUCGAUGGCUACCGGGGAUACUCAGUGGCUGUGGGCGAGUUCGAUGGGGAUCUGAACACCACAGAGUAUGUCUUCGGUGCCCCUACUUGGAGCUGGACUUUGGGAGCGGUGGAAAUUUUGAACUACCAAUACCAGAGGCUGCACCAACUGCAUGGAGAGCAGAUGGCUUCAUAUUUCGGGCACUCGGUGGCAGUCACUGAUGUCAAUGGGGAUGGGAGGCACGACCUGCUAGUGGGCGCCCCAUUGUACAUGGAGAGCCGGGCUGAUCGCAAGUUGGCCGAGGUGGGGCGAGUAUACUUGUUCCUGCAGCCCCGACUGGGCAUUCCCAGUCUCCUGCUGACUGGCACACAGCUCUACGGGAGAUUUGGCUCGGCCAUUGCACCCCUGGGUGACCUCAAUCAGGAUGGCUACAACGAUGUUGCAGUGGCCGCACCCUAUGGAGGUCCCAGUGGUCUGGGCCAAGUGCUGGUGUACCUGGGUCAGAGUGAGGGGCUGAGCUCACGCCCAUCCCAGGUCCUGGACAGCCCCUUCCCCACAGGCUCUGGCUUUGGCUUCUCCCUUCGAGGAACCGUGGACAUUGAUGACAAUGGAUACCCAGAUUUGCUGGUGGGAGCUUAUGGGGCCAGCAAGGUAGUUGUGUACAGAGCUCAGCCAGUGUUGAUGGCCACUGUCCAGCUGCUGGUCCAAGAUUCCCUGAAUCCUGCUGUGAAGAACUGUGUCCUACAGCACACCAAGGUGCCAGUGAGCUGCUUCACCAUCCAGAUGUGUGUGGGAGCCACGGGGCACAACAUUCCUCAGAAACUUUAUCUAAACACUGAGCUGCAGCUGGACCGCCAGAAGCCCCGUCAGGGCCGGAGGGUGCUACUGGUGGACUCUCAACAGGCGACCCUCAACCUGAGGCUGGACCUGGGUGAAAGUCACACCCCCACCUGCCACACCACCACAGCUUUCCUUCGAGAUGAGGCAGACUUCCGGGACAAGCUGAGCCCCAUCGUGCUCAGCCUCAAUGUGUCCCUGCCUCCCAAGGAGAAUGGAGCAGCCCUUGCUGUUGUGCUGCAUGGAGUUACCCAUGUCCAGAAGCAGACCCGGAUCAUCCUGGACUGUGGGGAAGAUGACCUCUGCGUUCCCCAGCUUCAGCUCAAUGCCACCAUGAAGGGGUCACCACUGCUAAUCGGAGCUGACAAUGUACUGGAGCUGCAGAUGGAUGCAGCCAACGAGGGUGAAGGGGCCUAUGAGGCAGAGCUGGCAGUGCACCUGCCUUCAGGCACCCACUAUAUGAGGGCCCUCAGCAACAUUGAGGGCUUUGAGAGGCUCAUCUGUAACCAGAAGAAGGAGAACGAGACCAGGGUGGUGCUGUGUGAGCUGGGGAACCCCAUGAAGAAGGGCGCCCAGAUAAGAAUUACAAUGUUGGUGAGUGUGGAGAACCUAGAAGAGGCUGGAGAGUAUGUGUCCUUCCAGCUGCAGGUCAGGAGCAAGAACAGCCAGAAUCCAAACAGCAAGACUGUGCAGCUGAAUGUUCCAGUCCGGGCAGGUGCCAAAGUAGAACUUCGAGGGAACUCCUUUCCAGCCUCCCUGGUGGUGGCAGCAGAAGAAGGUGACAGGGAGCAGAACAGCUUAGACAGCUGGAUUCCCAGAGUGGAGCACACCUAUGAGCUCCACAAUGAUGGCCCUGGCACUGUGGGGGGCCUCCACCUCAGUAUCUACCUCCCCGGCCAAUCCCAGCCCUCUGAUCUGCUCUACAUUCUGGACAUACAGCCCCAGGGGGGGCUUCAGUGCUCCCCACAGCCCUCCCCCAACCCCCUGAAGCUGGACUGGAGGCUUCCCACCCCCAGCCCUUCCCUCACUCACCCAGCCCAUCACAAGCGGGAGCGCAGACAGGCGGUCCUGCCAGGGCCCAAGCAGCCUGAGCAGCAGAAGCCAGUACUGGUGAGCUGCGACUCGGCGCCUUGUACUGUGGUGCAGUGUGAGCUGCUGGAGAUGACGCGCGGGCAGCGGGCCAUGGUCACAGUGCGGGCCUUUCUGCAGCUGCCCAGCCUCCGCGAGAGGCCGCUGGAGCAGUUUGUGCUGCAGUCGCACGCGUGGUUCAACGUCUCGUCCUUUCCGUACAAGGUGCCGGCGCUCAGCCUGCCCAGUGGGGAAGCGCUGGUGCGGACACAGCUGCUUCGAGCCUUGGAGGAGAGAGCCAUUCCGAUCUGGUGGGUGCUGGUGGGUGUACUGGGCGGCCUGCUGCUGCUCACACUCCUGGUUCUGGCCAUGUGGAAGGUUGGCUUCUUCAAGCGGAAUCGGCCACCUCUGGAAGAAGGUGAAGAGGAGGAGUGAUCGUUCCUCUGGCAGGAAGGCUAGGGGUGGCACCUGCUCUGCCCCUUCAUCUCCAGCCAGCUGCCCCUGGCUCUGACCUCCGUGGGUUGGAGCUGUUCCAUGGGAUCUCCUGUGUCCUUCUUCUCCCAACAGAGUUUCCUACCUUCUUUCCUGUUGCCUAAUAAAGAGGCUGACC